GAAAUGUACGUGCACACGCAUCAGCAACUCUCUGGGGCGAUAGAAACUGGCCGGGGGAGUGUCACUCGCUAGAAGCACUUUCUUCCUGUUUCACUCCAACUAGCUAACUUCGAUUUAUUCCUUGUCAUUUUGUGAGUGUCUGAGAACAUUAGCUCCACAAAAGUCAUCCAUAGCUCGCGAGCUACUUGCCAGCUGCUGUUAGCACGCGUCUCACGACCCCGGGCUUCGUGUCGAGGUGGUGAGACCAUCUAAGAGUUGGUGUGUUUCCAGGUGUGGAGCAUGUGGACGUCCUGCUGUAACUGGUUCUGUCUGGACACUGCCACGGUGGAGGAGAGCAACAGCAGCAUGCGUCACCAGGCCUAUACUAACUCAGGUUACAGCAGCUACCCGUCGCCCCCACUCCCGGAACACACGUGCAAAGCCUGCGGAAGCCGCUUCGUCACCCUUGCCAGAAAGCAUGUCUGCGUGGACUGCAAGAAGAACUACUGCGGCAGAUGUUCGGCCCAGAUUGAGCCCCGGCAACGCCUUUGCCACACUUGCCAGCGGUUUCACGGCACGCUUUUCGAGCGCACCGAGCUGAUGAAGCUCAAGGUGAAGGACCUGCGCGACUACCUCCACCUGCACGAGGUUUCAACACAGAUGUGCCGUGAGAAAGAGGAACUGGUGGAGCUGGUCCUGGGACAGCAGACAUCAUCAUCCUCUGGCCCAAUCAUAAACCCUCUGAACCAAACACAGACCCCCACUGUGACCCAGCAUGAGACAACUCCUCUUCCAGCCCCCACUACUACUACCACCACCACACCCUCCACACACCCCGACUCCACCUCCACAGACCAUGUCCCUUCACAGCUGCCACCCACUCAGGAGGGCAGUCAGACCCCGUCUGUGUUGGUGCCCUUGGGUCCUGAGGAGCCACUGGACACUGAGAGAGAUACAGAGCUGCAGGGAGAGCAGGAGCUGCAGUCCUCAGACACAGAUGAGGUGCUGGCGCCAGGCCGCAGGGCGUCGCUGUCAGACCUGGCCACGGCAGACGACAUCGAGGCCCUCAGCGUCCGGCAGCUCAAGGAGAUCCUAGCCCGUAACUUUGUCAACUACAAGGGCUGCUGCGAGAAGUGGGAGCUAAUGGAGAGGGUCACCCGCCUCUAUCACGACCAGAAGGACCUCCAGAAUCUGGUUUCAAGUACAAAUGACGGCACAGACCCCAGUGGUAACCCUGGCCAGGAGGAGAACCUGUGUAAGAUCUGCAUGGACUCUCCUAUUGACUGUGUCCUGCUGGAGUGCGGCCACAUGGUCACCUGCACCAAGUGUGGCAAGCGGAUGAACGAGUGCCCCAUCUGCAGGCAGUAUGUGGUGCGCGCCGUUCACAUCUUUAGAGCCUGAGACCCAAGCCUUGGGAAUCCCCACCCCUUCCCCCCCACCUACCUCCCGUAAAUUAACAAGGGACUUGCUAUAUGUGGCCUUACAUACAUAGGCUAGACCAGGAGUAUUCAACUCUUACCAUAUGAGGUCCGGAGCCUGUUGGUUUUCUGUUCUACCUGAUACAUAUUUGCAUCUACCUGGUGUCCAAGGUGUAAAUCUGUAUGUGAUUAGAGGGGAACAAUGGAAUGAAAGCAGUGGAACUGGCUUUGAGGUCCAGAGUUGAGUUUGAGGGGACUAGACUAACCUCCUCUCCCUCCAGUUCUCCACUGCUCUGAUGGUCCUGGAGACCCAGAGUACUGGUUCCCCCUGCUGGAGGGAUGACCAGGGGAGGUUAUACCUUCAAUAAACCACACAAACCCAA